UCGCGUCAGUCACACAGAUUAUUAUCCAACCCAAAAAUUCCCGUAUUUCCUCAUGUUUAUUUACGUUUUUACUUAAAAUUUACGCAUUUUUGUCGUAGAAUCUAACAUAAAACAAUAAACAAAACUGUAAAGCAUUAAAAUUUUCAGUCUAUUCUAUUAAAUUGAGUGAUAUAAUGAAGUAAUAACAGUUAUACAUCCCGCAUUUCUCAGGAUGGUGACUAAACAAUGUUGUGUUGAAAAUUGUUAUUCAUGUUCAACAAGAGAGGAAGAUGUUGGUGUUACAUUCCACAAGUUUCCCAAAGAUGAGGGUUUGAGAGAGCUGUGGGUGGAAGUGACGAGGGUCACUGGUGGCACAGACUGCGGUGUCUAUGUCUGCUCCAGACAUUUUUGUAAAAGUGACUUUCAGUCAUACAAGGAUAGCAAAUAUAUUCUUCAGUCAGGUGCGGUACCUUCAAUAUUUCCUUGGGCAUUACAUUUGCCUGUAGUCAGCUCUAACAUGGAAGUUGAUGAGGAGGUUGGAGGAGGCAAUCCUCCCCCUCCUCAAGAUAUCCCUGAUGCUGAUGAAGGCAAGGACAUCUAUUUGGACAACUCCAAACCAACUGAAGGAGAAAACAUUGAGGCAAUUAAAAAAUUCAUUGAAGAGCAAGAGAAAGAAAUACUCGAGCUGCAAGCAGAAGUUAAACCUAGCACAUCUAAAAUGUCUGAACAGGAAUCAGAAUUAAAUGAAAGCUUUGAUCUUGAUGCAAGUAAAUAUAAUGAAAAAGAAGCAGUGCUUAGCCUAAACAAAGACAUGACUAUGGACAGUGUUGAAGAAACAGCUAUGGUGGCAUCUGACGUUAUGAACAUUAUACUCAGUGAAUCUGAGGCAAAGUUGGCUAAAAAGAAUCUUGGUCAAAAGUCUCCCAAGGCAGGAAAUAGCUCCAGUGAAAAAGUAAACAGUGGCAGCAUGGCGUUGUCAGUGGGGUCUCGAGUGGAGGCGAAGGACUUCAGUGAGCUGUGGUACCCCGCGCACAUUGCUGAAGUAGACUAUGACGAGAUGGAAGUGCUGGUCCAUUAUGACAAUAUCGCCAAUAAGCACGACGAAUGGAUAAACGUGAGCAGUCCCCGGCUGCGUCCGUUCGAGAGCGGCAGGGUUGCUCCGGCGCCGGCGGCGGGCGCUGCGGGGAACCCUGUCACAGUGAAAGAGGAGCCCAAAGUGGAGGAGAGAGCUAAAGCGACGACAUUUGCUGUGGGCGACCGCUGCCUCGCGCGCUGGCGGGAUAACAGGCGAUUCAUGGCCACUGUUCAUGCUGAGCUGGAGAAUGGCAAAUACGAAGUAGUAUUCGACGACGGUGUCCACUGGACGUGCGGCAUCUCCCGGCUGUCCAAGAUGCGGGAAGCCCCGGGCACCCUGCACGUGGACACAGGCGGGGCCGCGUCCCCCGCCGCCCCUUCCCCCGACCCCGCCGCCGCCCCCACCCCGCCCUACCACACGCAUCUCUUCGACCCCGCCCGAGAUUACCUAGGCUCUAAAAGCGAGCGUCGUGAAAGGAAACGGAAGUUGAAUAUUAAAGAGAUAUUCAAUAUUGGACAGAAGAAGAAGAAGGUGGAAGGGCAGGAGAAACCGCAGAGGAAGAGGGCGGUUGUUAAGAAGAAGGUUGCGGCGGUGGCCGUGCCGCUGGUGGUCAAGACUGAAGUGAAGACUGAGUUGCCUGAUGCAGUGGCAGCAAUCAUUGGCACAGUCCAACCGGAAGCUGAGCCACUCGAUGCUGUGAAACCUAAAGCAGAGAAGCCGGAAGUAGCGGCGCCGGAAGCUGUGGCGCCCGGACCGGAAGUGAGCGAGCACACGCUGGAGGUGACGGUCGUUGACCCCAACGCCGUGGAUGAUAACACUGAAGAUGACGACACAAUGGAGGGUGUGAAAUUAGAAAUUAAAGAAGAAUUGAUAGAAGCCAUUAAAACCGAAGAAUUUGAAGAAGAACCAGGACCCAGCAUAUCCGAUGACGUGAUGGAGAACAUCAGCAGGACCAUCACCAAGCUAGAGGACGACCUCGUGAAGGUGUCCAGUCCCAAGCGGGAGAGGAGCGAGGGAGGCGGAGAGAGAGAGAAGAAGAAGAGUGCGAAGAAGUCGAAGCUGCGACUCAAACAUGAGAUUAAGGUGAAGGAGGAGGUGCAAAAGGUGAAGUCCGAACUCGAAACAAUGAAGUCCGAACUAGAACAGAUCAAGAAGCGAGCCAGCCUCUCCUUACUCAAGGGAGACAAGAAGAGGGCCCCGGAGGAGCUCGCGGCGCCGGCGCCGGGCGAGUGGUGCUGCAAGUGGGUCAACGGGCAGCCGGUGGGGGCUGUCAGCGAGCUGGACGGUGAUGACGGGAAGGGGGGAUUGCCGAGGCGGUCUGUGCAGGUGGAGGACACCAGGCUGCCGGAGGGCUGGACGAAGCACAUGGUGCGCCGCAGCCUCGGCAGCUCCGCCGGCAAGUGGGACGUCGUGCUCGUCAACCCAGACAACAAGCGCCUCCACACCAAAACGGACAUGGUGAAAUACCUGGAGACUAUAAACGACCCUAAUCUGAAGCCAUACGAGGCCGCUCUGUUGGACUUCGGCAUGCACCGCAAGCUGGCCAAACGCCUCGGCUGGGACACCACGGAGCCCGAGCCCACGUCAUCGCCCCCCCACGCGACUGUUAGUCACUCCUCCCCGAUUAUACCCAGCAGGAAAAUGAGUCUCAAGAGGAAGGUGGAAAAGAUGCAGAAGUUUGCCAAGAAGAAGAAGCGCGCGCAGGCUAUUGCGUAUAGGCAAACGCUAGCGGCGAUGGCGGCCAAUGUCUGCAAGACGGCAGAAGCUUACGAAGUGCCGCCUUUGGAGGACGGAUACGUAUAUGUUGGCUCGCUAAAAGUGCAGAUUAUUGAGAAUCUGCUCCGAUGCCCCGCCGAAGGUUGCUUCAAGAACUUCCGUAACAACACGCUGAUCAAAAUGCACAUCAAACACUACCACCGAGAGCUGCGUAAAGAACUGGGGGCCACGCCCAAGGUGUCCGACCUAGCGUCGUCCAGGGCUGAAGUGGAAGUCGAACCUCCUAGGAUGAGAUUCGAACCGGAACUCAAAGUACCAAAGCUAAAGAUAAGCAAGAAACGUUUGGAGGAAGUGCACGUAGAACCUGUAGAGACAGUCGCUGAACUACCGCCAGAGGAGAUUGUGACCACCCCGCCCGUCAGCCUCGAGCCAGAAACGCCGAAAAUAUUAGACUCGCCCAAACUAAGAAACGCACUCGUAUCCAAAGUCAUCAAGCGGCCCCGAGUCUUAUUACCAGUUAAAAAGAGCGAAGACCUCUUCCCUGACAUGGAAAGCGUUGAGCCAAUCAAAGAGCCGGAACGUGAUUUGAAAUUGGAGCUGGAUCCUGUAGUCGCAAUACAGACGGAGCCAGUCGAGGGGUUAGACUUUGAAUCUGAAAUCUCGUCGUACACAGUUUCCAAAGUCCCUGGGGCUGGUGGUACAGACCGCCGCAAGAAGGGUGAGAAGAAGAAGAAGACUUUCGCCUCUAUAGCCAAGGCUAAGUCUAGCGAGGAGGAAGAAUGGUGCGCUAAUUCUGACGUGGAGACGCGGCUGAGCUUCCCUCGCUCUGGGUCGCCAGACUCCAAGUUCUUCGACAAGUCGCUAGGCACGCCGCAGCCGCAGUCGUCAGAGUCUACUGAGGAUAAGGGGCAGCACUUGUACAUGUAUAAUGAAGCGGGCGAGAGGAUCCGCAUCGUGCACAUGAAGCGCGAGGAGAUCAUCAACUGCCACUGCGGGUUCCGCGAGGAGGACGGGCUCAUGAUCCAGUGCGAGCUGUGUCUGUGCUGGCAGCACGCGCUCUGCCAUAAUAUACAGAAGGAGGCCGAGGUGCCAGAGAAGUACACCUGCAGCAUCUGCCUGAACCCGCGGCGCGGGCGGCGCUCGCAGCGCUUCCUGCACGAUCAGGACCGCCUGUAUGAAGGCCUGCUGCCCGGCGCCCGGCCCUGUGAGACGCUGAAGAGGUCCCACGAGCUGUCCGGGAAUCUACUGAGGAUUGAAGACGCUCUGCACGCGCUUAAAGUCAAAUAUCAUGUGGCUACCAAAAAAGACCACCCAAAGCUGUACCUCUGGGCAAAAGACUGGGAGAACGAGCUGAACGUGUCUGCGGACCGGCUGACCACGGAGUACGUGGACCUCGGCAUGAUGAUCAGCGCGCUCGGCAAGGAGAACCUGCCCGUGAAGAGCGAUGAUGUCGCCGCGUUGCCGCUCGGAGCCAUGGCCACGCCGUCUAGCGAGGAUCCUGAUAGUGAGAGAUACACUCCGCGCGACGCGUGCCACCUGGGCUCGGCGCUGCUGGGCGCGCUGCUGGGCUCGCCCGGCGCCGCGCUCGACCUGCCCGCCGCCGCCGAGCCACGACCCAGCUCCGAAGCGGAGGUCCGCACGAGCGUGGCGGCGCCGCAGCCCGAGGCCGCCAUCGAGAACAGCGCGUGCCGCGAGCGCCUGCUGCGCCACAUCCAGCGCUGCCAGGCGCUCAUCGACGCCCGCCUCGACUCCAUAGAGGCGCAGGUCGCAGAGUUGGAAUCGCAAGACCCGUCGUUCGAGGACGACGAGACGGCGGACUACUUCCCGCGCACCAAGCAGACCAUACAGAUGAUGCUGCGCGACCUUGACUCCAUGGAGGAGCUCGGCGUCAUCACGUAGACAUGGAUAUCGGAAUGUGGAGAACCUUAAUAAGGUGUUGAACAGGGUUAUCAGGAGAUUGACAAGCCAAGUCUGCAUUGUUCUAUGGCAUGCUUUUUGACAUCAACCUAGUAAAACCGCCUGUGUUUAACUAUAGAGGAUUGUAUAAUUAGCAUUUGGUUCUCGAUAGCAUUUAGAAUAAGCACAUACAGUGGUUGGGUCCCGGACCAGUGGAGCCAUCAUCUUGCAUCUACUUUUAACGAAUGUUUAGGAUUGUACAGUGUACAUUGAUGGUGGUUAAUUUUGAUCACAUUAGUCCUGUGUUUUAUACUACUCCAGUGAUGUUUAUGUAUUUAUUUACAAGGGAUAUGUAUUUUGAUUUAUAGCUGAACACAAAAGAGUAGAGAUUAAUGUUUUGGAACUAAACAGAUUUAAACCUGGCAAUAAAAAAAAACUUGUGA